CGGCGGCGGACCGGGCUCCCGCGCCGCGGCCCUAGGCGGCCUCUCGCCAUGGCCAAGUGGCUGAACAAGUACUUCAGCUUGGGCAACAGCAAGACCAAGAGCCCCCCGCAGCCGCCGCGGCCGGACUACCGCGAGCAGCGGCGCCGCGGCGAGCGGCCCUCGCAACCCCCCCAGGCCGUGCCUCAGGCCUCCGCGGCAGCCUCGGCGUCCUGCGGUCCAGCCACCGCCUCCUGCUUCUCAGCCUCGUCGGGAUCGCUGCCCGACGACAGCGGCAGCACGAGCGACCUCAUCCGCGCCUACCGCGCACAGAAGGAACGCGACUUCGAGGACCCCUACAACGGACCCGGCUCGUCGCUGCGCAAAUUGCGCGCCAUGUGCCGCCUGGACUAUUGCGGCGGCGGUGGGGAACCCGGCGGGGGUCAGCGCGCCUUCUCCGCCUCGUCCGCGUCUGGCGCCGCGGGCUGCUGCUGUGCCUCCUCGGGUGCUGGCGCCGCUGCGUCCUCCUCCUCGUCGUCGGGCUCCCCGCACCUAUACCGCAGCAGUAGCGAGCGGCGGCCAGCCACGCCAGCAGAGGUCCGGUACAUCUCCCCCAAGCACCGUCUCAUCAAGGUGGAGAGCGCGUCGGGUAGUGCCGGGGACCCCCCGGGGGGCACCUGCUCUGGCGGUCGCACCUGGAGCCCAACCACCUGCGGGGGCAAGAAACUGCUCAACAAGUGUGCGGCCUCGGCUGCGGAGGAGAGCGGGGCCGGCAAGAAGGACAAGGUGACCAUCGCAGAUGACUACUCAGAUCCCUUUGAUGCCAAGAAUGAUCUCAAGAGCAAAUCGGGAAAGGGGGAGAGUGCCGGCUACAUGGAGCCCUACGAGGCCCAGAGGAUCAUGACAGAAUUUCAGAGGCAGGAAAGUGUCCGGUCCCAGCACAAAGGCAUCCAGUUAUAUGACACCCCUUAUGAGCCCGAGGGCCAGAGUAUUGACUCGGACUCUGAGACCGCGGUCAGCCCCCGGCUGCGGGAGAGCAAGCUGCCCCAGGACGACGACAGGCCUGCCGACGAGUAUGACCAGCCGUGGGAGUGGAGCCGGGUCACCAUCCCAGCCUUGGCAGCCCAGUUCAAUGGCAACGAGAAGCGCCAGUCAUCCCCCUCGCCUUCCCGGGACCGGCGGCGCCAGCUUCGAGCUCCUGGAGGGGGCUUCAAGCCCAUCAAACAUGGAAGCCCUGAAUUCUGUGGGAUCCUGGGAGAAAGAGUGGACCCUACUGUACCACUGGAGAAGCAAAUAUGGUAUCACGGAGCCAUCAGCAGAGGAGACGCAGAGAACCUGCUGAGACUCUGCAAGGAGUGCAGCUACCUUGUCCGGAACAGCCAGACCAGCAAGCACGACUACUCCCUCUCCCUCAAGAGCAACCAGGGCUUUAUGCACAUGAAACUGGCCAAAACCAAAGAGAAAUAUGUUCUGGGUCAGAACAGCCCCCCGUUCGACACUGUCCCGGAAGUCAUCCACUACUACACCACCAGGAAGCUGCCCAUCAAAGGGGCCGAGCACUUAUCCCUCCUCUACCCCGUGGCCGUGCGGACCCUGUGAGCGGACCAGCUGCACCCUGCUCUCCGCCAGAGCCCAGACUUGGAGGAGCCGAGGCCCCCGCCGACCAGCGGGUCACCCCGGCAGGCCGCGUCCAGUUUGUGUUGUGUGUAUGGUACUAGCACACCGCUGCAUGUCUCUAGAAUGCUGUUGCCACUUACGGGGGCUGGAAAAGGCCUGGAAGCAGACCGAGGGACGGCCAGUAGCCACCCAGCCCCCCACCCAACCCCCUUCUUGAGUUUCUGUGAAUUAAAAUAUUUGCAAAUCCAAAGAGAUGCCUUCCAGGAUGAACAAAGGAGAGCAGCUCCGAGGGGCGGGGCGGGAGCUCCCUGGGUUGUGUCUCUUUGUUCUCCAGCUGUCACAAAUUCACACCUGUGUAUGGGGCGCAGUUUUCCCACCGGGGCCCCCACUGGUGCUGGGAGCCCAGAGGCCCAGGAAGCCAGCCGGCCUCCCCUGUGGUGUGUGCCUGUGUGUGUGCGCAUAUGUGAGAACUUGGUCACAUUCAGAUGUACGGCUACUAACCUAUGUUUAGUCACUCGGUGUAAUCUAGGAGCUCUUCUGAGGAAUCAUCGUGCAGUCAAAAAGGAUUCAACUAUUUAUGGAUAGGGUGUGUAAAUAAAA